AAAUCCGUUUGAUCUCCGAUUUCAGGACCUUCGUCGUCGUUCACGUCCUCCUCAACUCCUGCGCCAAUCGCCGCCGUCGGUCAAAUCCUUGAUGUUCUUCUCCUUCCAGUGUUGAUUUCAUUUGUAGGUUUGCUGGUAAAGGGAAUCUAUAUAGAAUGGGAGAUUUCUCGAUUCAGAUCAGUUCAAGACUGAUCAGUCGGCUAUCGGAGGGCGCCGAUAAACAGAAGAGGAAACAAAAGAAGGCCAAGCCUAAGGCUUCACCACAACCCAAGACCGGCACCAAGAAACCACUCCACGAUUCAGAGAAACCAAAGCCAAAGGCCGAAUUUCCGGGUCAGCCGCCAUUUUUCCUCCCGAUACAGCAACAACCACCUCAAGCGGUAGCAUAUGCGGAGCUAGAAGCGAUCAAAUCCGUCUUAAAAGAGAGCGAGAAAGUUCUAGAGAAGCUGGAGAAACAAGAAAAGGACAUGGGUCAUGAAGUAACAGAGAGAGCCAAGGAUCUAAGGGACAAGGAGUUCAAGAUUCCCUCGCCCAGGCCAAUGCCCUGUUCUUCCGAGAACGAUGCAUGGAUGAAAUGUUACAAGGAGAAUAUCAACGAUCCUCUGAAAUGCAACGGAUUGGUUCGGAGUUUUGCAGAUUGUGCUCGUCGAGUCAGGCAGCAUGCGAGCUCUUUGCAGGAAUAGACGAAAUUUCCAAAGGGCAAAAACAAAGAGGUAUGUUUUUUUUUUUUUGCAUUGAGAUCUGAUGGAUGCUGUUUCCAUUUUACUCUGCCAUGAAAAGGGAAUAAGCUGAAUCUCUGUAAGUAUUGACUGACUCAUGUGAGAUUGUUGAUCAAACCUUCUUGCUCUGAUAUGAAGCUAAGGGUGAACGUUUCGAUUUACGGUUCCGUAUUCAAACUUUUCACGGUAUUUUCGGUUUUAUAAAAAUUGUAUCAAACUAGAA